ACAAGAUCAUAUUUGUAUCAAACACCAUACACUUUCUCCAUAGUCAUAAGAAUCGAUCUGAUGGAGGAGGAGAAACACCACCACCACCUGUUCCACCACAAGGACAAGGCGGAGGAGGGCCCCGUCGACUAUGAAAAAGAAACCAAACACCAUAAACAUCUUGAGCAAAUCGGUAAACUUGGCGCUGUUGCUGCCGGUGCCUACGCCUUGCAUGAGAAACAUGAGGCAAAGAAAGAUCCAGAACAUGCACACAAACACAAGAUAGAGGAAGAGAUUGCAGCAGCUGCUGCAGUUGGGGCAGGUGGAUUUGCAUUCCAUGAACAUCAUGAGAAAAAGGAUGCCAAGAAAGAACAAAAAAAAGCUGAGGGGGGUCACCACCACCUCUUCUAAAUUGUUAUUUUAAUAAGAUUUUAAAUACUUGUUGAAUUUUCAUUUUCUGAGCGUUGUCGUGUUUUUCUAUCGUACCGUGUACAAUAACAAUAAGUUCAGUGUGAUAUUAUAAGUGGAUCGAGUUGAAAAAAGUGCAAGGUCUAAAUAUAUUUUAUCCUAUCUUGUGUGAUGUAAGAGGUUAUUCUCGCUUGAGUAGAUGUAUUGUGAUUUCCAAAAUAAUCAUGUGUGUUUUUGACUUUCCUCGCAAUUUUCUGUUGAAUUACCUUGUAUAAUAUUGCCUUUUUAAGUGGUGUAAUAAAUAAAUGACUUUUCUUGUGAA